GGGUUGGUGGUGGGACUGACUAAUCAAAUCAUUCAUUGUAGACGUUCAAUUCAUAUCCAAUACUUAAACAAAUAAAAAUGAACUUUUAACAACAACACAAACUCUUUUCCAGAAUGUCUUUUGCAUGUUUCUUGUGGGUGAUCCUGCAGAGCUUAGUAGUAGUAGUAGUAGUAUAUGCUACUGCUGAAAAUGGAUGUUAUAAAUCCAUUAUCAGCUUUGGUGACUCUCUUGCAGACACUGGUAACCUUAAACAACUUUCAUCCUUACACAACUUAGAUUUUCCAUUUUUUCGGCCACCUUAUGGCGAAAAUUUCUUGGAUCAGUCCACUGGCCGUUGCUCUGAUGGCCGUCUCAUCAUCGAUUUCCUGGCUGAGGGGCUGGGAUUGCCAUUGGUACCACCAUUUGUGCACGAAAUAGAUAUUGCAAGUGACUUUGUGAAAUUUAGACAAGGAGUGAAUUAUGCAGUGGCAGGUGCAACUGCAUUGAAUUCAUCGGUUCUUGAAGCAAUGGGAAUUGUAAAUCUUGUGACAAACUCAUCCUUAGGAGUUCAGCUGGACUGGUUUAAAGAAUCAUUGCCUUAUAUCUGUGGCAACGUCUCAGAUUGUAGAAAGUUUAUUGGAGGUUCGUUGAUCCUAAUGGGAGAGAUUGGAGGAAACGAUUACAAUUUUCCAAUAUUAGCAGGGUCACCAAUGGAUGAGAUCAAACCAUUAGUUCCCCUUGUUAUCGAUACAAUCAUCUCAGCAGUCAAUGGGUUGAUUGAGAUGGGGGCUCAGACACUAGUUGUUCCCGGAAACUUUCCAGUUGGAUGCGUUCCGUCAUAUUUGACAGUAUGUGGUUCUGAGAAGGAAGAGUAUGAUCCCACUACCGGUUGCCUCAGUCGGUUAAAUGAGUUUGCUGAAUAUCACAACGAACUCCUGCAAAAUAAAUUAUAUCAGAUUCGAGAGGUUCAUCCGAAUGUCAACAUCAUCUAUGCUGACUACUACAAUGCUGCUUUGCAAAUCUACCGCUUUCCAGAUAAAUAUGGAUUCACAAAUGGGGUUCUGAAAGCAUGUUGUGGAGGUGGAGGGACAUUUAACUACAACUCAUCAGCGGAAUGUGGAAUGGCGUCUGCAAGCGUGUGUGAUCAGCCCGAUAAAUAUGUUAACUGGGAUGGAUUGCACUUUACAGAGGCAGCAUAUAGAGUGAUCCACAAUAACUUAUUUCAAGGGCCAUUCACUAAUCCUCAGUUUAAUUCAUUGUGUCCUGCAUCAACAGCACAACUCGGAGUUGGAUUAUCGAGUUCUUUGUAAACACAUCAGAGACACGAAAAUAAUGUAAUCAAGAUAUUAUACAUAUAGUACGAAAUCUGUAUUUGUAUGUAAACUAUAUUGGAGUAUAUAUAUACACACACAAACACACACUCACACACAUAUGAUUUUUAUUCUAAUAAAUAAACUAAAUCUAAUGUACCUGUAUCUAAGAGUUGUCAAAUUUCAGCUAUUUUAAUUUUAUGGACUUAAAUGAAGUUUUUGAGUGUUCA